AUGCCAGACAUGCGCAUCCCACCAAUAUCGAACAAUCCAUCCAAAGUACAGCUCGUUAGGAUAGCUCACGUGUAUUUCGAACAUCCUGAUCUGGAGAAGUUCAGCGAAUUCGCGAAGGAUUUCGGGUUUGUAGAGGUUCACAGAAUAAAUGGCAGAAUCUAUUACCGUGGAUACGGGAGAGACCCGUUUAUUUAUGUCGCUUCACAGAGCCCAGAUGGAAAACCGAGGUUUCGAGGCCCAGCGUUUGUAGCUGCAUCCCAAGACGAGUUCGACAAGGCUGCGAAGCUAGACGGCGCCAUCAUUGGGUCCUUAGAUGAGGCUCCGGGUAAAGGCCAGAUCGUCACGUUCAAUCGACCCGAUAAAACCUUCUUCCACGUUAUAUACGGUCAGGAAGAGCGAAUAACGAGCGCGCAGGAACCGUCGGCAAUACAUGAGCAGUUGGGUCCAUUUAACAAGCCAUUUGAGAAGCCGAGGCGAGGCAAGUUUCAGCGCUGUCACGAGGGACCGGCACUCGUCCACAAGUUAGGUCAUUUUGGCUACGUGGUUCCUGACUUUGAUGCCGAACUGGCAUGGUACACCGACAACUUCAACUUUGUGCCAUCUGACAUUCUUUAUCACUGGGACUUUUCCAACAUGGAUGUGUUGACGUUUAUGCAUCUCGACCUGGGUAAAGAAUAUUCCGACCAUCAUUGUUUCUUUAUGCAGAGAGCGGAACCACGCGUUAAGAAGACGUUCCUACAUCAUACGUCGUACGAGGUUGAGGACUUCGACACGCAGCUUAUCGGACACAACUGCCAGAUCUUUGACUACUGGGCGGAUCCCAGCGGUUUCAAAAUAGAACAUUACGCCGACGGAGAUGUGGUCAACCAGGAAACUCCUACAGAGAGAGAUGUUGUCGGUUCUUUUUCUAUUUGGGGACCCGAAGUGCCUAAGGACUUUGGAGAGAAAGGAGAGAUUGCUUGA